UCAAAUCAAGCAACAGAGCAUCAAUCAAAGCAAAGCACAAGUGUUUCUGGAUUCUUGUUUUGAUUUCUGUUUUCUAAUAUUUAAUUAAUAUAAACAAUUGAAUUGUAAAAAAGACAACGUUACAUUUCAUCAAUUUCAAACAAUGUGACGUUACUUUGUAAGUUAAUGAAUCAAAUCAAACAAAAUGAAGAAAGAGCGUACGGGUGAUAAUUGUCGACCUUUCAAAUUAGCCCAUCAAAUAUUAAGUUUAACUGGAAUUAGCUUUGAAAGGAGGAGUAUUAUUGGUUUCGUGGAACUUACUAUUGUUCCACUUAAAGACAACUUACGUUAUAUUCGGCUCAAUGCAAAACAGUGUCGAAUCUACCGUGUAUGUCUAAAUGAUCAGUAUGAAGCAAAUUUCCAAUACUGCGACCCAUUCCUGGAUAUUUGUCAAGCGGACCCAAAUACGAGGUCUUUGGAGGUCUUUUCACAAUAUCACUUAGCUGCGGCACAAAAAAUUGACCCAGAUCACAAUUCUGGGGAACUUCACAUUCAAGUUCCUGAUGAGGCUGCUCACCUGGUGGGAGAGGGGAGGGGGCUCCGGAUCGGAAUUGAAUUCUCUUUGGAGUCCCCACAAGGUGGUUUGCACUUUGUUGUCCCUGAAGGAGAAGGUAGUCUUGUGGAGAAAUCAGCCCACAUGUUCACCUACGGCCACUCCUCCCGUCUCUGGUUUCCUUGUGUGGACAGCUACGCAGAGCCUUGCACUUGGAAACUAGAGUUUACAGUGGAUGAGAGCCUGACAGUUGUGUCAUGUGGGGAACUGGUCGAUGUGAUCUUCACACCGGAUCACAGACGGAAGACGUUCCACUAUGUUGUGAAUACGCCGGCUUGUGCCCCUAAUAUUGGGUUGGCUAUUGGGCCUUUUGAAACAUUUGUAGAUCCUUUCAUGAAUGAAGUGACUCAUUAUUGCCUACCACACUUGAUGCAAAUCUUGAAGAACACAGUAAGGACUCUGCAUGAAGCAUUUGAAUUUUAUGAAGAAACCCUUUCUACAAGAUACCCAUAUCCUUGUUAUAAACAAGUAUUUGUGGAUGAGACUGAAGAGGAUGCCACAGCUUACACAACCAUGUCCAUAAUGAGCACCCACCUUCUCCACUCCAUCGCUAUCAUAGACCAAGGCUACCUGAGCCGCAAAGCCAUGGCCCAAGCUGUCGCUGAACAGUUCUUCGGCUGCUUUAUAACCAUGCAAAACUGGUCGGAUUUGUGGUUAGCGAAGGGAAUACCGAAUUAUUUGUGCGCUUUGUACAUUAAAAAGUGCUUCGGUAAUAAUGAGUAUCGGUAUUGGAUUCAUCAGGAAUUACAGGAGGUGGUGAGCUAUGAAGAGCAAUAUGGAGGUAUAAUUCUGGACCCUUGGCAGCCCCCGGCAACGGGCGCGAGACAGGACAUUAAAGAUUUCUAUUUUCCCGUGCGAAAUGUGCACACUAUGUCGCCUAGGUACAUGGAGGUUAUGCGCAAAAAAUCUCACCUAGUACUGCGCAUGUUAGAACAGCGCAUAGGCCAAGAGUUGCUAUUACAAGUAUUCAACAAGCAGCUGUCAUUAGCCACCCAAGCGGCUAACACGAAGAUAGGCAGCAGACUGUGGGGUCAGUUGUUGCUGUCCACCAAUUCGUUCGUGAAGGCAAUAUUCACCGUGACCGGUAAACAUAUGGCCGUGUUUGUUGAUCAGUGGGUGCGGACUGGAGGGCACGCGAAGUUUCAAUUGACUUCUGUUUUUAAUAGGAAAAGAAACACAAUAGAACUAGAAAUUCGCCAAGACCACGUGCACGACCGCGGUAUACGCAAAUACGUCGGCCCCCUACUAGUACAGUUGCAGGAGUUGGACGGCACAUUCAAACACACACUGCAAAUAGAGAACACGGUCGUGAAAGCGGACAUCACGUGCCACAGUAAGAACAGAAGGAACAAGAAGAAGAAGAUACCACUGUGUACCGGGGAAGAGGUCGAUAUGGAUCUAUCGGCUAUGGACGAUUCUCCAGUACUAUGGAUCCGUCUCGACCCUGAGAUGUCACUCUUACGUAGCACGGUGAUAUCCCAGCCGGACUACCAAUGGCAGUAUCAGCUUAGACACGAGCGUGACGUCACAGCACAGAGUGAAGCCAUAGACGCGCUACAUAACUACCCGGAACCAUCGACAAGGAAGGCGUUGACGGACACAAUAGAGAAUGAACACGCUUAUUAUAAGAUUAGGUGCAGAGCAGCGCACUGUUUGACAAAGGUAGCGAACGCUAUGAUAAGCUCGUGGGCGGGCCCGCCGGCUAUGUUGACGAUAUUCCGCAAGAUGUUCGGUUCAUUCUCGGCGCCCCACAUCAUAAAGCAGAACAACUUCGACAAUCUGCAGCAUUAUUUCUUGCAGAAGACUAUCCCUGUUGCUAUGGCGGGUUUAAGAAACAUCCACGGCAUAUGUCCGCCAGAAGUAGUGAGGUUCCUACUGGACUUGUUCAAGUAUAAUGACAACUCGAAGAAUCAUUUCUCGGACAACUAUUACAAAGCGGCGUUAGUUGACGCCUUAGCGGCAACCAUUACCCCUGUCAUAUCGGUGUUGCAACCUGGUGCCCCCAUUACCGCCGACUCACUGUCAGCAGACACAAAACUAGUUUUAGAGGAAAUCACCCGAGUUUUGAAUUUGGAAAAAGUGUUGCCAUGUUACAAAAAUACGGUGACAGUGAGUUGUCUCCGGGCGAUACGUCGGCUGCAGCAAUGCGGGCAUCUACCGAGCAUACCGACUAUAUUCAGGGCUUACGCUCAAUAUGGACAGUACAUUGACGUAAGAAUAGCAGCGUUCGAGUGCCUCGUAGACUUCGUUCGCGUGGACGGCAAGCCUGAAGACUUAUCGGCGUUAUUGACGGCCGUGGAGAGUGAUCCCGACCCAGGAGUGCGGCACGGGUUAGCUCGCCUCCUUAUCAGCAAUCCGCCGUUCGAAAGGGCACAAAGGCAUCGGCUGGACACUGAGGCUGUUGUACACAGGUUAUGGAACAACAUAAACAGUCUCUUGUCAAACGACGCAAAACUGAGAUGCGACCUUGUGGACCUUUAUUAUACUUUGUACGGACCGAAACGGCCUAUAUGCGUGCCGUUGCCAGAAAUACAAGCGAUGAUGAAACAAAUGCAACAUAAGGAGAGAGAAAGACUAGAAAGGGAGAGGGAACGAGAGAGGGAGAAGGAGAAAGAGAGAUGGGACGAGAUUGAGACGCAGCCGGUCAUUAAACAGGAGGUUGAAGAUGGCAUAAAAUUGGAGCCCGACGUGGGUCCCAUAACGGCGUCCCCGUCCGUGGUACCCUCUCUGAUGGAGACCGACCACAAAGACGACCUUCUCCCUGUACCGCUUUCCAGUAUCAAGGAGGAGGACGUCAAAGUGGACGUGACUACGGUGCACGAUGCCAAUCCUCAUUUGUUUGGCGUGGAUGACACAAAGCGCGAGUUUAUAUCCGACAACGCGGUGGCGUUGCCUGGUAUCCCCGGCUCUUCGGGACCUAUCGGGUUCGAACCCGGCAUGUUCCGACACGACAAAGACGACCUUGGAGCUCCUAAGGCAAAGAAGAAGAAGAAAGACAAGAAGAAGCACAAGCAUAAGCACAAGCACAAACACAGCAGCAAGGACAAACCCAAAGAGCACAAAGAGAAAGACCGCUCACUGUUGCCCCGGCCGCCUUCCAGCACCGAACAUCUGAAGAUCAAGGAGGAGACGAGAGAAACGCUCAGUUCUUUCAGCUCGAGCCAGAGCCCCUCUGAAGAUGUGUCUUCCAUGCCUAGCAAUAUGAGUUUCUGAAGAAUUGUGUAAGAGUAUCUUCUUCCAACCCCGGUUACAUCCUCACCGCUCAAACAAACCUAAAGAGCAUAAAGCGAAAGACCGCUUUCUGUUGCCCCGACCACCUUCUAGCACAGAACAUCUGAAUAUCAAGGAUACAAGAGAAAUUCUCAGUUCUUUUAGCUCAAACCAGAGCGCCUGUGAAGAUGUGUCCUCCAUGCCUUGUUAUAUGAGUUCCUGAAGAAUUUGUGUGUCUCUUUUACCUCCUGGCAUUAAUUCCGGUAAGAUUAUCACAUCUCAAGGUGCGUCUAUUGAGCAUUCACGUAAGAAUGUGUGUUAGAAUGUUCUACAGUUUAUGUGGAUUCUUAAUAAAAUAUCUAUCGGUAAUGGUCAACGUAAAUCUCAUGUCAUUGUUUCCAACCAUCUAUUGAUUUUUGGAUCUAGUAGAGUAUUAUUUUCAUGAAUGUAAAAGUAGGUGACAUUAAAUUGCGAACCCGGUAUCACCUAGUUGCGUAUAGUGGAUUAACUGAAUACUACAAUGCAUUUGUGUAAGUUAUGUAUGUAAGUAAAAUUAUAAAUUAAUA